AUGCGCAUACUACCGCUGGAGAGGCUCUCUCUGGUUGUCUCGUACCCAGCUAAUCAUCCCGCACCUUACCAUCGCGGUGGUGGAGAGCGGGAGAACCUCGGCUGGGGACGAGACAACGCUCUACCCCAAGUGAACGACAACGACGCGGGUCAGCAGAGUGUCUCGGAUACCCCGUACAUUGCCGAUAAUGAUGCGGGACAGCCAAGCAGUGUGUCCGCCUUGAUUGCGAACGGAGAACAAGUAGUCUACGAUAGUGUGCAGGACGAGAAGGUGGUGGACGCGCUUGACGCGUCAGGCGAGCGAAGUAUCGCUGAAACUGCUCGAGGUUUUGUGAGGCGCAUUCAGUCACACGAUCGCAGCAGUCAAGCUGCAUCGGGAUCGAUCGCAAAUGUGCAAGCACCCGGAGAGCAUCGAUUGGAGGACGAUAUCCCGCAAGAAUGCGGGCACCAUGAUAGUAGCUCGCAUCUACUUCGUACUACCGUCAAUGAAGAAAAGGGUCAUGGAGCUGCUGAGGGUGCCGAAGGCGCAAUCUUGGGAAAGGGCGGUGUCAUUACAAAGGAACAGGAUGUCGGGGACAGAAACAAGGCACAAGUGCACCAGCAAGGCGCGUCCGGAGGACAGUCGGAACCCACGUCAAAAGACCCGGAUGUCAUCGUCAAAGACAAUGCGGAUACCCGCGAUCAUAAGGACAACUUGCGCUUGGCAGAAGACAAGCCGGAAACGAAGACGGACGAUGACCCUUGGAGCCUGUGCGCGAAGGAGGUGUGGAACUACGAGGAUAACCAGAUCAACAAGUGGAAGGAGAAUAUCAAUAAUCUCCUACUCUUUGUACGUUUCUGCUGCGCACAUCGGUGCUCCAUCACACCUCACGCAGUAUUCCAGGCGGGUCUGUUCUCGACCAUCUUGACUGGCUUCAUUGUCGCAUUCUACCUCCUCCUUGGACCCACCACCCCAGACACUACGACCCAGGUCCUCAUCGUGGUAUCGAUGCAGCUCAGCAUCCUCACCGCCGCCAUCGCACACAGUAAUCUGACGCAGUCACAGCAGUCCGUACUUCAGGCGGCAUCGGCUACCAUUCCUCCGACGACGUCCACCAUAUCCACAGGCGUGCUCUGGUUCGUCGCGUUGAUAUUCAGUCUGAGCGCCGCGUCGAUCAGCAUCGCCCUCGGCGAAUGGCUUCAUCAUCACACGGAUCGCGCCUCGAGUAUGUCGCGGCAGAGCGUCCGUAUCUGGGCUAUGCGUCGUCGCAGUCUGGAGAAGUGGCAUGUGCGAAUCGUCAUCGAUCUGCUGCCCGUCCUCCUCCAGAUCUCGCUGGCUCUGUUUCUCAUCGGCCUUCUGGAGCUUCUGUGGGCGCUGAGUCAUGUCGUCGCUGCCAUCGUGACCGCCCUUGUUAUCAUACUCCUUCUGCCAACGCUAGUCACUGUCUUCUUGCCAUAUUUCUUCGCGGAUUGCCCCUACAAGUCUAGAGCAGCAUGGCUAUGCUUUACGAUAUUCCGGCGAGCUGCUCGUGCGUCGCCGUAUAGGCUUGUCAAGCAGCUCGUGUCCUCAAUGAAGGGCCACUCCGAUCACCUUUGCAAGGUUGCCAAGCUCUUCAUGCCGUGGCUAAAGCACCAUUGCAACGACUUUGUUCAUACUGUCCGGAGACUGUGGUCGCUCUCAUGGCUCUGGACAUCACCAAUGUGCAUUGCAUGGCUGCUGCGGAAGCUCCCGGACCGAGGUCGCGCUGCAUACCAGAAAUGGAAGGCGUGGGAUCCAGAGGCACUCCGCUACUGGAGGAAGUGGCAAUCCGAUACUCGCACAGCGCGAAACUGGCGGGAGUUUGAGAAUCAGCUUGCUCGUGCUGAAGUGUUGCAGGAGAAGGACAAGCUAAUGGUGCUUGCCGAGGCGGAUGAGCUGAUCAUGGAUGACGCCUUUCUCUCCGAAGUUGUGCAACCAUGUCUCCAGCAGAGUUCCCUGGAAUCUGCUCUUCCUGUUCUCCUCCGCAUCCUCCGUCAUCGAGCGCACAAAGUAAGCGAAGUGCAGCGGAGAAUCAGUGGCGAAUUUUGGCCAAUAUACCAGUGGUUCACCAGCGAGCAGGACUCCAUCGCCAUCAUCGCUAUGGGAGAUCUCUGCCUUGAUGUCUUAACGAAAGAUCUGGACUCCUUGUUCUAUAAUGAAGACCAUAUUGCCGACCAUCUCUUGCAGCUGAUCCGUGCAAUGCCGCCCACGGAGUCAUGUAGAGCAUUCUGUCGGCGUGCUGCACAUCAUAUACAAAUGGCUGCGCAACAAAAGUAUGUCCUGCAUGAAUCUCGAAUAGAUGUGCUCGACGAUGGCGCAGAUGCUUGUUUCCUGGAAUUUGUCGUGACCGCCUGGUACAAAGCCCUGGCACCACGGCCGUAUAUCAAUGCUCUGGACCGAUUCUACAACGUCCUUGCGGGAAGAUGGGACAGUAUCUCCACCAUGGACAGCAAGACGGCUGCUGCCACUGCAGAUCUCACCCUCGAUCUGCUCUUGAAGUUGCCUUUGCAUCCGCAGGCAAGAAAUCUUCUUGAUCGCCUUUUAACACGUGAUUUCUUUAGCGGAGUCACCAGCUUCAGUGGAAGCGCGUCAUCACACUACACACGACUGAUUGACAACUUGUGCACCACACAGAGCACUGAUAAGUCCCAUGACACGAUAGCACUUUGGAUAUUCGACUGGUGUCGGAGUUUCUCACUUGACAUCGAGUACACUCGGAAAUUCCUGGCAUACCUGCUAACUGCCUGCGAUCAUCUCAGCACAGAAACAUUCCUCCAAAUCGCAUCCUCUGCAUUGAGACACUCCGCCAAGCACUCUUCUGCCGACUUCUGUCAGAUCUACGAUGAUGUGAAAAGUGCGCUGGACAUCGUGGCCAGAUACUUCAGUUCAUCCGACAUUGACAAGGUGGUCCGCAAGAUCACGACAGAAAUGGCUUGCUACACGCUGGACUCCCUUCUGGACGCAUGCGGCGACCUCGCUCAGAAGGAUGCCGACCUGUUCGACCGUGGUAUUGUCAUGGCAUUGGCCCGUUGUGUCCGCCGGGUUCCCAAACGCUAUUCCUGGAGGUUUUACAUAAGUGUGCGCAUGAGCAGCAUGUAUAGGCUCACCGGUAUAACAGCCAAGUCGUACGUGGGUCUUGCCACUAUACUCAAUGAAGUGCUCAAAUUGUACAGGAUCCAGCAGGAUCUUGACGAAGAGUGGCAAACCCGAGAUGCCCAGGUGGCGUCCCAUGCUGUGAACGAACAAGCAGAGACUGGAAGUGAUGGUGCUCGUGAGGACGACUCAGAUACGUCAUCAAUUGGAGUAGCCGAUUAG